CAUCCGACGGCCACCAGGAAUCGAGUGACCGGAGUCCAAAAAUCACUCAAGCAACGUGUAGAUUUAGCGUAAAACUUAGCGUUUCCUGAUUUGCUCCUGUUUCCUCCACACAUUUCCAUCCCGUCCACCCAGCUCCAGGAUCCAACCAUGGUGGCCGCGACGACACUCUCCUUCUUCUUUCUCUCACUAGCAACGACCCUCUUUCUUCUCCUCCUGCACGGCCUCAUCAAGAACAAGAAGCGCCCGUGUCGCCUCCCACCGAGCCCGCCGUCCCUGCCCGUCAUCGGCCACCUGCACCUUUUGAAGAAGCCGCUCCACCGGAUGCUGUCUGCUCUUGCGGCGCAGCACGGCCCGGUUCUCCUCCUCCGAUUCGGCUCCCGCCGCGUGGUCCACGUCGCCGACCCCGCCGUCGCCGAGGAGUGUUUCACCACCCACGACGUCACCUUCGCCAACCGCCCGCGGCUUCCCUCCGCCCGCUACCUCUCCAACGACUACACCACGUUGGGUUCCUCAAGCUACGGGCCCAACUGGCGCAACCUCCGCCGCAUCGCCACCGUCGACGUCUUCUCCUCGCACCGCAUCCUCCGCUCCGCGGAUGUCCGCGCCAGCGAGGUCCGUGACAUGGCGCGCCGGCUCUUCCAGGCCGCCGCCGCCGCCGCCGGGGCCGACGCCUCCAGGCCCGUGCGGUGCGACGUGAAGGCGCGCGCGUUCGAGCUGGCGCUGAACACUGUGGCGAGGGUAAUCGCUGGGAAGCGGUACUACGGCGACGGCGCGGCGGCAGCGUCGGAGGAGGCCGAGCGGUUCCGUGCCAUGGUCCGCGAGUACUUCGCGAUGCAGGGAGCAUCCAACGUGCAGGACUUCGUGCCGGUGCUCGCGCUGCUGGACAUCGGCGGCGUGAACAAGCGCGCGAUAAGGCUGUCCAAGGCGCGGAACGAGUGGGCGCAGCGGCUUAUCGACGAGCACCGGGCGGCCGCCGCGGCGGGGACGGAGCUGGGGAAGACGAUGGUCGGCGACUUGCUGGAGAUGCAGGCAUCUGACCCUGAGGCGUACAGCGACAAGGUCAUCAGAGCGCUAUGCUUGUCCAUCUUGCAAACCGGAACUGAUACCACGUCGGCCACCAUCGAGUGGGGCAUGGCGCAGCUACUGAAUCAUCCAGCCGCCAUGGCCAAGGCCCAAGCCGAGAUCGACGAGGUCGUCGGCACAGCGCGCAUCCUGGAGGAAGCCGACCUGCCGAACCUUCCGUACCUCAUGUGCAUCGUCACGGAAACCCUGCGCCUCCACCCCGUCGCGCCGCUCCUAGCACCGCACGAGUCGGCCUCCCACUGCUCCGUCGGCGGCUACGACGUCCCGGCGGGGACGAUGCUCCUCGUCAAUGUGCACGCCAUGCACAGGGACCCGCGCGUGUGGGAGGAACCAGAAAGGUUCUCGCCCGAGAGGUUCGAGGGCGGGAAGAGCGACGGGAAAUGGAUGCUUCCGUUCGGCAUGGGCCGGCGGCGGUGCCCCGGCGAAGGCCUCGCCGUGAAGAUGGUCGGUCUCGCGCUUGGCACGCUUGUGCAGGGCUUCGAGUGGAGGAGGACGACCGGAGAUGAGGAGGUCGACAUGACGGAAGCGUCCGGGCUGACCAUGCCAAAGUCCGUGCCGUUGGAGGCGUUCUACUGGCCGCGGAUGGAGAUGCUAUCACCGCUAACGGCACUUCACAGCUGAUCACAAGCAUUUGGAUUUGGAUUUUUCAUUCUUCAACUCCGUGGUGAACAAGUUCGGGCUCAAAGCUCAUGUUACCUGUCCGCCCAUUCUUUUUUUUUAAAAACUUGGGUAAUUUUUAUUGCACUAGUGUUGACAAAUCAUCAACAACAAUUACAUUGACACAAUCUGGGAUAUUGCA